CAAAGAUAUCCAUAAUUCAUAUAACAGAACGUAAAAAAGCUUCAUUCUUCAUGUUAGGCUGAGAAAACUGUACACAAAAAUUUUAGCAGUUGGACAAGACUGUUUGUGUUGACUAAAGAAUUGUCUGCAGAAUAUAAACUCUGGUCGGAGUUUGCCUUUGCACAUUCCACAAGAUGGGUACGAUUCUGGCAACACCAUCCAAGCUUAGCAAAAGCGAUACAGCCUUGAAGGAGACAAAUAACAACACACAAUCAAGUUUACACUCUUCAAAGCUGAACUUGAACUUUACAAAAUUCAAUUUCGUCCACGAUUGUUUACCGAAUUUGAGUGGAAAGGAAAACAAGUUCUUUCAAGAAAAAGUCUCUUCAAGUUGGUUCAGAAGCAAAAAUGAAUCUAAAAAGAAGUCCAAGAAUAAGACAACUUCCGAGUCAUACAAGAAAAUUGACAGCAUGUCGAAGUUGCAGGCACAGCCUAGACCUUCCCUUGUUAGAGAAGAAGUCUUGAGCGAAAAGAUCCAUAGGCCAAGUAGUGCAGAUACUCAAAAACUAAAGCUUCACUCAGCAUCACAACCAGAACUUGAUAAGAAUUAUGGAACUAUAAGUUUGAGUGAAACAUUAAAAUACGUUGGUUGCUAUGUCUACUUACGGUGUCGUCACAUAGAAGGCUUAAAGCCUUCAGUUUUCGUUUCAUGGGUAAAGGGAGUCGAUCGUGGCUUAGUCUAUUCAGGCUGGCAGGAGCAUGGUUUUCUUUCCCAUGCUAACAUGCUUGUGCUAUACAUGCUUCUCCGUGAGAUGAUUCGAAGUGAGAUUAAGACACUUGCACAACUCAAGGGCGUUAUCAUGAGCUGUUUGUAUAUGUGCUACUCAUACAACGGACACGAAAUAAGCUAUCCUUUAAAGCCAUUCCUGUGCGAUGCUGAUCGAGCAGGAUUUUGGAAUCGUUGUAUUCAUAUUGUCAACCACCACAGCGGAAAAAUGCUAAGAGUGAACAAAGACGUUUCGUACUACAACGAAAUCCAAGCUGAGCUGCGCAACUUUGGUCGUAGCAUCGAGCGCAAGGAAGGUUAAUUUAUGAUCUAGAUUUAGAUGCAGUCAAUUGCAAACAAUUUGCUAUGAUUCAGGAUCAACUGGAUGGUCUUCAAUAAGACACAAAAGAAAUGCUAAUGAAAAUAAACUCUGGAUUCAUAGAUGUUAACAGGGGUGGUUUUGAUAAAGAACUUUGUGAAUAUACAGCUCCGAAUUAGAAAUCUAGAAAAAUUGAGAACUGCGGACUAAUAAAACUCUAGAAGUAGUUGCUAAUUGAAAUGUAUACACUACACGGCUUGUAAAGUCGAGUGGCAGUUUAAUUGUAAAUAGUAAAAUGAAUUGUAUUGUAAAAUAUUUUGUUUUGUUGUGUAAAAUUCCCGUUUUUGUUUUGUUACUUGAAAUGUAAAAUUUUGGCGACUCUCAUUGGAAAAAAUAGUGAACGAACAUGAAAUGAGGUAGUUGAAUAA